AUGAAUACAAAGAAACUGGUAUUCAUCAUUCUGCUAGGUGGUAUGAUAACAGUGAUGAGACUUCCUCAAAAAUAUUUGACUUUUAUUAAAAAAAUCGGAGACAAAAACAAUGUUCCACGUGCUACUAUAAAUAAUGCAGUGAAGAACACGACAACAAUAAAGCAUAGGGUUUCCGUAAAACAUCCAGUAAAAAACCCCUAUGACCCAAGACAAGCCAGUCAGGAAAGAUUAGAAAGGGCUGCACUUGAAUGUACUAAACACAAUAUUGUCUAUAACAACUCGCAUGUAGAUUCUUUAUUAGUAUCGCAUAUGUACAAAGUUAUAAUCAAACUCAUAUCUAAAGUGGGGUCACGUACUUGGAGAAGAGUGAUGCGUGAAAUCGAUCCAACAUCUGAUGAUGCCGAAAACAGAAGAAUCUUGUCAUCUCUGACGUCAUCCGAGAUUGAUCAGUACGUUAGAGGAGUGUUCUUCCGAGAACCGCUAGAACGAAUUGUUUCAUAUUACCACUUUGUAUUUUCUCCCGAUACACCGCAGUCAACUAGUUAUUUCAAUCAAUAUUAUAAGUAUAUGAGAAAUGGACACGUGAAUGCUACUAUGAAUAAUAAACCGUACUUGACGUUUAGUCAGUUUGCACAGAUGAUUAUUGAUUAUGACACGAAACCAGCACGAUCUUGGCACUGGGAACGUCAAUACCUAGUCUCUCAUGUUUGUUCAUAUAAUUACACGUUUGUUGGACACAUGGACCACCUCGCUCAAGAUGCUCCUUACUUUGUACAGCUGGCAGUAGGUGACUUAUUCCAUUAUCCAGAAGUUCAGGAGAGAACAGGCUCCGUCAGAUUCAAGGAAACAAUGUCAACUCUGCCACACAAAAUUAUUGAUCAACUCAUUAAUUACUAUAGGUUAGAUUAUGAAAUUCUCGGAUUCAAAAUUCCAGCUUUGUCUAAGAAAUAA